AUGGUCUCUUCGUUCAUCGACCUAGGGCUCGAGAGGGCGACAACAACAACGACGACGACGACAAGACAUCGCAGGAGCGACAGCAACAACAGCAGCACCGCCGGCAGCGUCGGCAGCGCUACCACCUUGCAGGAGGGAGGGGAAGGAACAGGCAAGGGGAGGGACGACGAGUUUCGGCGACGACGGCGGCGGCGAAGCAGAGAUGGUGUUCAGGAUAGUCCGGAAGGAGGCGUUAUUUUGGAGGGGGGCGACGAGACGGCGGUGGAUGGCGGCUGUGGCGAUGAUGAUGGCGAGGACGACGAUGCUCACGGGGUGAUGGAGGACAGCUGGGAGGCAUUGCCGUCGCAUGCGUGGUGGAGGGACUUUGUCAGCGGCGGCGAGGAGCACGUGCUGGUGUGGGAGAGGGGCCCGCUGACAGAGCUUCACGCGGCCAUGAGAGACCUCGCGUGGAAGAAAGCUUCUAGAAGCGCCGUGAACGAGGCCCUGAAGCGAUCGGCCUUGGCUCCGGUCGUGGCAGCCGCGGCUCUUCCCCUGGCGCUCCUAGAGGCGGCUUCCGGUCUCGACGAUCCCUGGGGGGUGGUGAGGACGCGCGCUCUAGAGGCUGGUCGGUUGCUGGCGGCGGUGCUGCUGUCGAGGCCGGUGGGGUCAAGGCCUGUCACCCUCCUGGGUUACUCGAUGGGGGCUAAGUUGGUUUUCAACUGCUUGGAGGCUCUAGCUGCUGCGCCGAAUGGCCGCGGGCUUGGCAUCGUGGAGAACGCCGUAAUGUUGGGAACUCCCAUCGGCACGAAGCGCGGGAGGUGGAAGCGGGUGCGCAGCGCCGUAGCCGGGCGGCUGAUCAACGGCUACAGCUCCAGGGACUGGCUCCUGGCACUCGUGUACCGUAGCAAGUCGUGGAGCGUUGGCGUCGCGGGAACGUCCAGGGUGGAGGGGUGCGGCGUCGAAAACGUGGAUCUGAGUGGCCUAGUGACGUGGCACCUGAGCUACUCGCGCAUCUUGCCCACGGUGAUGGCCAUGCUUGGCUUGGAAGAGUGA